AUGGCAAUUCAAAAGGGAAAUCAAACAUUUUCACGCAUAGGACCGCUACUAUUUUUUUCAGUGUCAUGUUGUACCUCACUAUUACUCCUAUGGUUAUCCAGAAGCUGGCCUAUUUUAAUACAGCAAUGGAAUAAUUUGGACAAGAAGUUCAGCAACUACGAACCUUUGAAUAAGUUAUACAUUCGAGUGAGGGUACUGUUGAUGAUUGUAUUAUCGGCCGCGCUUGUGGAGUAUAUAUUUUAUGUUAGCGUAAGAGUUAUCCCGUUUCUGCCCAAGCAUUGGAAUGCUUCAGAAUUUUUGAUAUUUAUGUUUGGUGAUAUCUUCACUCACGUGCCUUAUGCUCUGUGGAAGGGUAUUAUAUUGUGGGUACGAAACAUUGCUAUUUGGAAAAAGAUACGAGACGAUUAUGACAGCGUUUGUAGAUUAUGCAGUCUGGUAGAUGGCUAUAUAAGCAACCUACUUCUACUUUCUUUCAGUAAUAAUGUAUUUGUUAUAUUAGUACAACUGCAGGACGGUGGCGGUUUUGAUACAAGUCGUGUGUAUUUUAUAUAUUCGUUUCUUUUCCUGAUUUUUCGCACAACUGCCGUUUCCUUGUAUGCAGCAAGCGUUAACGAAGAAGGUCGAGCUGCAAUGAAGAUAUUGUUUUGUGUUUCAAGUGAAGCAUACAAUGUGGAGGUUGAAAGGCUCCUAUACAAAAUUCAUAUAGAUCCACCUAUCUUUACGGGGAAACGAUUAUUUUAUCUAAAGAAACCAUUGAUUCUAAAUAUUGCUGUGGCCAUUGUAGCUUAUGAGUUGGUUUUAAUUCAAUUUAAAUUACUUACUUAA